CUAAACCCACAACAUUAAAAUCAGUCUGAGUAUAGCAAGCAUGCUUUACUGCAUAUACACUGGAACCUAAGGGGUUAAUCCUCUGCAUUGUGUAAAAAGGUCGUUUGAUCCUGACUUCUGUACUCCUCUUAAUCAAAUGUCCUAAUAAUCAUGCUACCAAAACUAAUGUGUGCUGUCAAUUGCCUCCAGCAUUGCUUCUGUUUUUUUUUUUUUUUUUGCUGGAGGGUGCCAUUUUGUUACAGCAAGAGCAGUCACUUA